AUGGAUACUCUUAAUUUUGAAUACAACGAUGAUGAUUGGCGUUUGUUCAUUGAUUCUUCUAAGGUCAGUUUAAAGGUUGUUCUCUUACAUAAUGGAAAUGAAAUUCCCUCAAUACCGUUAGCCCAUGGAACUGAUAUGAAAGAAACUUACGAGAAUAUGCAGUUUCUCUUAAAAAAAAUUCAAUACGAAAGAUAUAAGUGGAAAAUUUGUGGUGACCUAAAAGUUAUUGCAAUUUUACUAGGCUUACAACUUGGUUACACGAAAUAUUGUUGCUUCAUCUGCGAGUGGGAUAGCAGAGACAGAAAAUUGCAUUACUUGAAAAAAGAUUGGCCACAACGUAAAGCACUCGUUCCUGGAAUCAAAAAUGUCCUCUUCCAGCCUUUGGUCGAUCCUAAAAAUAUUUUUUUGCCACCUCUGCACAUUAAAUUAGGACUUUUUAAAAAUUUUGUUAAAGCCAUGGAUAAAAAUGGUGGUGGUUUUACUUAUUUGAAGCAAAAAUUUCCUGAAAUAAGUGAGGCAAAGAUUAAGGAAGGUAUUUUUAUUGGGCCACAGAUUAGAGAACUGCUGAAGGACUCGGAAUUUCAACAGCAAUUGAGUACAACAGAAAUUAACGCGUGGAACUCAUUCAAAAAUGUAGUUGAGCAUUUUUUAGGAAAUAUGUUGGCUGAAAAUUAUCGCGAUCUGGUGGCUAAUCUAAUUAAUUCAUACCAAAAAAUGGGCUGCAAUAUGUCUUUAAAACUUCACUUCCUACACUCUCACCUGGACUUUUUUCCACCAAAUCUUGGCGCCGUUAGUGAUGAGCAUGGUGAGCGUUUUCACCAGGAUAUUUUACACAUGGAAAAACGCCACAAAGGAAAUUUCACUAACAUGUUAGCAGAUUACUGCUGGACACUAAAAUAUGCGAGAAAAACAUAG